UUGCGUUUUAAGGUGACCAAAAAAAUAGGACCCAAAGCCCAUCGUUUUCAUCUUUCUCUUCCAUCGUCUUUGUUCUUAUCUUCUUCCACAGAGUAAAGAGACAUUCUGAGAGAGAAAGCGAGAGAGAGAGAGAGAGAGAGAGAGAGAGAGGACAGGGCAUGGAAGAGGAUCGCUUGGACUUAGUGCUGGUGCCUUUGGGUCUGGUUGUUUUUGGAAUAUACCACGUUUGGUUCAUCUUCACCGUCCUCCACACUCCCAGAAGAACAGUCAUCGGCCUCAAUGCCGAGUCUCGUCGACAAUGGGUCGUCUCCAUGAUGACCGAUCCUUUAAAGAAUGGCGUUUUGUCUGUUCAGACAAUACGCAACAACAUAAUGGCAUCGACACUUUUAGCGACAACAGCGAUCACUCUUAGUUCACUGAUUGGUGUAUUUGUAAGCAGUACAGGGAACUCCGGCAACACGGCAUCACAAUUAAUAUACGGCAAUAAGAGUCCUACUCUCUCUUCAAUCAAGUAUUUCUCCAUCUUGCUAUGCUUCCUUGUUGCCUUUCUUUGCAAUGUGCAGUCUAUAAGAUAUUACGCCCAUGUAAGUUUCUUGGCCACUAUUCCUACAUGGCAAGGAAAAGGAGAGUCGAUUGAGUAUGUUGCAAGAAAUUUGAACAGAGGAAGCUUAUUUUGGUCCUUCGGAUUGCGAGCAUUUUACUUGUCUUUCCCCCUCUUCCUCUGGAUUUUUGGUCCUAUACCUAUGUUUGUAUGCUCCAUCAUUAUGUCAUUUAUUCUCUAUUUCUUGGACACAACAACCAGUUUUACAAGACAACUUCACAGUUGCUCAAUUAAAGAGGGUGUAAGAACUAGUGAUGUGGAAUCAGUUGGUCAAAUGAAUGUAACUGCUGCUGAAGGUUAAAUGAUUUGUAAUAUAUAUUGUAAUUAACAAUGGGAUUAAUUCAAAAUAUUCAAUCAAACUGGAUUUCUUUG